CGUGACCAGCCGGGGGCGGGCGCCGGGGGCGCGCCUGGGCCUCCCGCGGUGCCCCUGCCUGGCGCGGCGCCGGCCGCGAGCGCGCUCGCCCGGCGGUGGAGGCGCGGGGACCCCCAGUCUGCGGCCGGAGGCGGCGGCUCCCGGAGCUCCGCCGCGCACCCCGCGCUCGCCGGCCGGCCGGAGAAAUGUUGCUGAAGUGCUGCCGAAAGGGCCAGAGAUGCAAGGAUUUGGGACACAUUUUGAACCUUUAAGCUGUCUGACAUUGACCUCCUUUCAUUAUUAAUUAAGAAGAAGCAGGAGCUUAGGAUGUAUUAACACCACUUCAUUAAUAUACUAACCGGACAGUGUUCUGCAAACAAUUCUGCAUUGUAAAGAACUGGAUUGAUAAAAAACAAAAUAAUUUUAUAUUUUACUCACCUUAUAAUAUGACUCCAUGGAGGAAAAUUUGAUAAGCAUGAGGGAAGACCAUUCUUUCCAUGUUCGUUACAGAAUGGAGGCUUCUUGCCUCGAGCUGGCCUUGGAAGGAGAGCGGCUGUGUAAAUCAGGAGACUGCCGUGCCGGUGUGUCAUUUUUUGAAGCCGCAGUUCAAGUUGGAACUGAAGACCUAAAAACACUUAGUGCAAUUUACAGCCAGCUAGGCAAUGCUUAUUUCUAUUUGCAUGAUUAUGCCAAAGCAUUGGAAUACCACCACCAUGAUUUAACCCUUGCAAGGACAAUUGGAGACCAGCUGGGGGAAGCCAAAGCUAGUGGGAAUCUGGGAAACACCUUAAAAGUUCUUGGGAAUUUUGAUGAAGCUAUAGUUUGCUGUCAGCGACAUCUAGAUAUUUCCAGAGGACUUAAUGACAAGGUAGGAGAAGCAAGAGCACUUUACAAUCUUGGGAAUGUGUAUCAUGCCAAAGGGAAAAGUUUUGGCUACCCUGGUCCCCAAGAUGUGGGAGAAUUUCCAGAAGAAGUGAGGACGGCUCUUCAGGCCGCGGUGGACUUUUAUGAGGAGAACCUGUCGUUAGUCACUGCUCUGGGUGACCGAGCAGCGCAGGGACGGGCCUUUGGAAAUCUUGGCAAUACACAUUACCUCCUGGGCAACUUCAGGGAUGCGGUGAUAGCACACGAGCAGCGGCUGCUUAUUGCAAAAGAAUUUGGAGAUAAGGCAGCGGAAAGAAGAGCGUAUAGCAACCUUGGAAAUGCAUAUAUAUUUCUUGGUGAAUUUGAAACUGCUUCUGAAUACUACAAGAAGACGCUGCUGUUGGCUCGGCAGCUUAAAGACAGAGCGGUGGAAGCGCAGGCCUGUUACAGCCUGGGGAACACCUUCACCCUCCUUCAGGACUACCAGCAGGCCGCCGACUGCCACCUGAAGCACUUAGCUAUUGCUCAGGAGUUAAAGGAUAGAAUUGGUGAAGGAAGAGCAUGUUGGAGCUUAGGAAAUGCAUACACAGCUCUAGGAAAUCAUGAGCAAGCAAUGCACUUUGCUGAAAAGCACUUGGAAAUUUCAAGGGAGGUUGGGGAUAAGAGUGGUGAACUAACAGCUCGACUGAAUCUCUCGGAUCUUCAAAUGGUUCUUGGCUUGAGCUACAGUACAAAUAAUUCCAUAAUGUCUGAAAAUAUCGAGGUUAACAGUUUACAUGGUGCCCGCCCCAAGCUCGGACGACGCCACAGCAUGGAAAACAUGGAGCUGAUGAAGUUAACUCCAGAGAAGGUACAGAACUGGAACAGUGAGAUUCUUGCUAAACAAAAACCUCUUAUUGCCAAACCUUCUGCAAAGCUACUCUUUGUCAACAAACUGAAGGGGAAAAAGUAUAAAACUAGUUUGUCCACUAAAGUUCUCCAAGAUUCCAGCAAUUCUGUGGACCAUCAAAUUCUGAAUUCUCAAAGGAGGAUCAGUGCAGAUAGUGUUGGGGAUGAAGGAUUCUUUGAUCUGUUGAGCCGAUUUCAGAGCAGCCGGAUGGACGAUCAGAGGUGCUGCUUACAGGAAAACACCUGCCGCCCGGCUCCCCCCGCAGCCCCCAACGCGCUGAGCAGGCCGCCUGCCUCUGUGGUGUCCCCCAGCACAGAGGACUUCUUGGAUCUUCUGGCCAGCUCGCAGAGCCGCCGCCUGGAUGACCAGAGGGCCAGUGUCAGUAACUUGCCAGGGCUUCGUCUGACAAAAACCAACAAUAAGUCAGUGCUGGACCACCUGGUAGCUAAUGACAGCAAAGAGCCUGAUGAAGACUUCUUUGACAUCCUUAUAAAGUGUCAAGGCUCCAGAUUAGACGAUCAAAGAUGUGCACCCCCACCCGCUGCCCCCAAGGGCCCCACGGUACCUGAUGAAGACUUUUUUAGCCUCAUUUUGCACUCCCAGGCAAAAAGGAUGGAUGAACAAAGAGUUCUUCUACAAAGAGGGCAAAAUGGGGACACCGAGUGUGGGCUGAAGGGUCUUUUGCAAAGCCAUGCUUUGUUGGAAUUUAAAAGCCCAGGGAAGUGAGCAGCAAGCUAGGGGCUGUGUGUGUUUUUACAGAACACUGCAGGUAAACUCAGCCUGCUUGUUCCUAACGCAGAAACCACAUAGCACUGUCAGAGCGCUCGCGUGAUGUGGUCUGCGCCGCCGCCUCCGCACAGGUUUCUGGGUGGAGGUGUCCACAGGUGCUGUCACGACUUCCAGCACCCCCGCCAGCGCCCGGGCGUCCUGAGCAGGGAUGGCCACAUAGGAAUUUAGCCCUCUUGCUGAGGUAGCUUUGUAAACUCCCACUGAAAUGGCAUUUUUAAAACUUAACCAUGGAUUUACAGUCGGAAAUUACAGCUUAGUAAAAAUAAUGCACAUGUCCAAUGUAAAAAGUUCUAGAUAUUUUUUCUCUAUUUUCAAAAUAUUUUUAGGCCAAGCCAGUAUAAAACUGUUAAGAAAUAAAUUUCUUUUAGCAUG